AAGGCUUGACCUUGCACGCGCUCCGCCGAAGCAGCGGAAACUAGCUUCCCAUUGGCUGGAAAGAGCCGCGGCCGGACAAAGUAGUCGUUCCUCAUUUUAAGAUGGCAGCGAGGGGUGUUUCUCGGCGUGUCUUCGAGGUCUUUGUUAGGCGAAUACCCUGGAACGUGGAGGAAAAUGAACUACGAGAAUAUUUUACUCAAUUUGGACCUGUGAAGAAAUGCAUCCUGCCAUUUAAUGUACAAACAGGAUUCCAUAAAGGUUUUGGCUGGAUUGGAUUUGCUACAGAAGAAAGUCGCAAUAACGCUUUGUUGAAAGAUCAUACUUUUGAAGGGUCACAGGUAAUUUCAGUUCUUUUAAGAUAUAUCAGGUACCUCUCCUUAUUUCAAAGAAAGCUUCAUUAGUCUUGUUAUUUAUACACAUUUAAGAAAACCCAGUUUCUACAGUUAAGAAGUAACAGUUAAAAGCAGGAUAUACAAAGCAUUUUGGGUGUGGACUGUCCAUGGUAGAAUCAAAAUGUACAUUCUGAGAUGGCAGACAGCAAGGAAAAGAGAAAGCCAGCAACAAUAAAAGGCAACAGCAAAGGGAAAGAAGACAUUGGGACAAUUGAUAGAACUGGCAUGCUGGCUGGAGCAUAGACAUUGUUAUGUUUGAAUUCGUGUAAGGUUGUUGCAACAACCAAAGGAGAAGAAGAGGCUGGUGCUUCAAUGAUCAGAGGAAGGAACAUGUAUGUGUGAUAAAAGGAAA